GUCGUGAUAGGGUGGUAAGUUUCUGCGUGGAACUCAUUACAGCGAUAUUUCAUCAUGUCGCAAAAAGUAGAUAGGGUGCCUGAAAAUAUUGAUUUUCCCAAAGAAGAGGAAAAAAUCUUAAAUUUUUGGAAAGAAGUCGACGCUUUUCACACUAGUCUUAAUCAAUCAAAAAAUAAACCCAGGUAUUCAUUUUAUGAUGGGCCUCCUUUUGCAACAGGACUGCCGCAUUAUGGCCACAUACUUGCAGGAACAAUUAAAGAUGUAGUCACCAGAUAUGCCCAUCAGAAAGGUUUUCAUGUGGAGAGGAGGUUUGGUUGGGAUUGCCAUGGUUUGCCUGUUGAAUUUGAAAUAGACAAAACUCUUGGUAUAAAGGGACCUGAAGAUGUAGAAAAGAUGGGAAUUGAUAAAUAUAAUGCAGAGUGUCGAAAGAUUGUAAUGAAAUAUGCCAGUGAAUGGGAGACAAUUAUGACUCGUGUGGGUCGGUGGAUAGAUUUUAAGAAUGAUUAUAAGACUCUAUAUCCUUGGUUUAUGGAAUCUGUUUGGUGGGCAUUCAAAGAACUUUACAAUAAAGGCCUGAUAUAUCAGGGUGUAAAAGUAAUGCCAUAUUCAACUGCUUGCUCAACACCACUCUCUAAUUUUGAAGCUGGACAAAACUAUAAAGAUGUUGUUGAUCCAGCAGUAGUUAUUUCAUUUCCUACUAAAGAGGGAUACUCUUUGCUUGCAUGGACUACCACCCCAUGGACUCUUCCAAGCAACUUAGCACUUUGUGUUAAUCCCAAACUUACCUACCUUAAAGUUAAAGAAAAGGCAUCAAAUAAUUGCUAUAUUUUACAAGAAAACCGAUUUUCAGCUAUUUUUAAAAAUGUGGACGAUUUUGAAAUAGUUGAUAAAAUGUUAGGUGAAAAGCUAAAAGAUGUUACUUACACACCACUUUUUGAUUAUUUUAUAGAAAAAUGUCCCAAGGGUUUUCGUGUGCUUACUGAUGGAUAUGUUACCGAUGAUUCUGGUACCGGUAUUGUACAUCAGGCUCCUUAUUUUGGUGAAGAUGAUUUCAGAGUAUGUUUAGCUGCAGGUGUUAUUACAAGAGAUCAAGAAAUAAUUUGCCCUGUUGAUGCCAGCGGCAGAUUUGUAGAACCUGUAAAAGACUUUCUUGGGCAGCAUGUUAAAGAUGCUGAUAAGAAUAUCAUAGCAAAUCUCAAAGGUCGCAAUAGACUUAUUCAAGCUGGACAGGUCAAACACAGUUACCCAUACUGUUGGCGUUCUGAAACUCCCCUUAUUUAUAAAGCUGUUCCUUCUUGGUUUGUAAGAGUAGAGCAAAUGAACCAGGACCUUUUGAAGUCAAGUGAAGCUACAUAUUGGGUACCUGAAUAUGUAAAAGAAAAACGUUUUGGUAAUUGGUUGAAAGAUGCUAGAGAUUGGGCGAUAAGUCGAAAUAGGUAUUGGGGGACUCCUAUUCCUAUUUGGAUGUCUGAAGACAAGCAAGAAGUUGUAUGCAUUGGAAGUAUUGCAGAACUUAAUGCUUUAACUGGUAAAGAUAUAAAAGAUCUGCAUAGGGAAAGCAUUGAUCAUCUUGUAAUACCAUCUGCAAGACCUGGACACCCACCUUUAAAAAGAGUACCUGAAGUAUUUGAUUGUUGGUUUGAAUCAGGAUCUAUGCCCUAUGCUCAAAGUCACUAUCCAUUUGAAAAUAAAAAAGAGUUUGAUGAGAUUUUUCCUGCUAAUUUCGUUGCUGAGGGCAUAGAUCAAACAAGAGGGUGGUUUUAUACACUGAUUGUGCUAUCUACAGCUUUGUUUAAUAAACCCCCAUUCAAAAAUUUAAUAGCUAAUGGAUUGAUCUUGGCAUCUGAUGGUCAAAAAAUGUCUAAGAAAAAGAAAAACUAUCCAGAUCCAUUAGAAGUAGUAACUAAAUAUGGAGCUGAUGCAUUAAGACUCUAUCUUGUAAAUUCUCCAGUUGUUAAAGCCGAAAAUCUCCGAUUUAAAGAAGAUGGUGUUAGAGAUGUCAUCAAAGAUGUUUUCUUACCCUGGUACAAUGCUUUCAGGUUUUUAAUGCAAAAUGUUGAAAGAAUUGUUCAAGAAGACAAUAUAAAUUAUAAAUACAAUGAAAAUGUAAUAAGGGAAAAUGUUAUGGAUAAAUGGAUCACUUCUUUCACACAAUCAUUAAUUAACUUCGUUACAAAGGAAAUGACAGCUUAUAGAUUAUACACUGUUGUUCCUCGAUUGACUAAAUUUAUUGAUCAUCUUACCAACUGGUAUGUGAGAAUGAACAGAAAAAGGCUAAAGGGAGAAAAUGGAGUUAAGGAUUGUCAAAUAGCAUUGGAUACGUUAUUUGGGGUUCUUUUUGAUAUGAUAAGGGUGAUGGCACCAUUUACUCCAUUUUUGACUGAAGUAAUGUAUAAAACAUUGCGUCAACUUUUACCUGGAACUUCUUUAGAAAGUGUUCACUUUAAUAUGAUACCAGAACCGAGGCUUGAUUUAAUUGAUAUAAAUAUUGAAAGAGCUGUCCAAAGAAUGCAAACAGUAAUUGAACUUGGUAGAGUGUUAAGAGAUAGAAAAACUAUUCCUAUUAAGUAUCCUUUGCCUGAAAUGAUAAUAAUACACCAAGACGAAACCUACCUGAAAGAUAUUAAAUCAUUGCUGACAUAUGUGCUUGAAGAAAUAAAUGUAAAAAAGGUAGAAUUGUCAGGUGAUAAAGAGAAAUAUGGAAUUACAUUAAGGGCAGAACCAGAUUAUAAGAUUCUUGGUGCAAGGCUAAAAGGGGAUUUCAAAGCUGUGACACAAGCUUUGAAAGAUUUAAAUAACCGUCAAUGUGAGAAACUAAUAUCUGAUGGUUUCAUUGAGUUAAUUGGACAGCGUAUUGAUGUUUCAGAAGUGCGACUAAUAUUCCAGGCUAAGGGUAGUGAUAAAUAUGAAGCUCAUAGUGAUAAUGAUGUCUUAGUUUUACUGAAUUUCACACCUGAUCAAGAUAUGUUGGAUGAAGGAUUUUCUAGAGAAAUAGUAAACAGAGUACAGAAACUACGAAAAAAAGCGCACUUGGUUCCCACUGAUGAAGUUGAUGUUUUCUUUGAAGUAAAUAAAAGUAGUGAUAUUUUACGUAUUAUAAAUUCUCAUCGUGAAUUUAUUGAAAAUACCGUAAAAGCACCAUUAAAAGGUAUUGACGAGCUUUCCCCAUCCAAGCAACUUAUAAUUCAAGAAACGCAAGAAUUGAAAGGUUCCCUAUUAAAAUUGGUGAUUACUUGGAGAAAAGAAGUUGAAUUACCAGUUAAUCCGUGGGUUAAUGUAAUCUUACAAGAUUUGAAGCCACGUUUGGGAGUCAGCUCAAACCAGGGCAGCAUUAUUUUAAAAGAUAAAAAUAAUAGAUACAUACUCUUGGAUCAUUUGUCUAAAGAAGUGGAGAUUUUAUUUGGGCUCUAUGGAAUGAAAUAUACACUGUGGUGUGAUGGUACUGAAAUAAAAAAUACCCAGGAAUUAAAUGCUAAAACCAUUGUUGUUUCACCGUCAAAACCAACAGAUAAUAUUAGCUAUCAAAAUAAUCCUUUUUGCAAAUUUGUUAACAUCGCUAAUGGUAAAAAAGUCGCUACUUUCUUUAUAGAAAAUCCAAAAGGAAAGAAAACUCUGAAUGAAGAACAAGCUGUAAAGUUUGUUUCGGAGUAUUUGGGUAUAAAACCAACAGCUGUUGAUUCAAAAUUAUUUAAAUAAGAAAAGACGAUGUUUUAAUUCAAAACUAUUUAUUGAAUGUUUUGUAUUUUAUGUUACUUUGCUAAAGUGACUUUUUAUUUUGGCUUCGAAACUUAUCUCACUAGUCAAAGCGUGUGUUGAGUGUAUUGUUAUGAAAGAAACUACAGUGUCUACAGUAUAUUAUCACCUAGUGUCAUCAUGUAGUUUGUAACAAAAUGAUGCUACUUAUUUCAAUAAAUACAUUUUUUUACCA